CCAUCUACAGCUCUUUCCUUCUCCCUCCCCUACUCCUGCCAGGCUAACACAAAUACUGUUUCUGGUGUGGCUUCACAUUCAUUAUAUUUGAUCAGAUACCAUCCCCUGAAAUGUUCUCUAGUGUGAAAAAGGUACCCUAAGGGGGAAAAAAUAUGUAUUCAGACAUUUUAAGGCUAUAAUGCUAGUUGAAUAAUAAAUAAUAUGUAAUAACAUUCAUCUUACACAUCUGCCAGUCAUACAAUAACUAUCCCAAAUUGGCUUGCUUGGCUUUACAUGUAUGUUCCAAGUCCUAGAAAUCAGAAUGAGAAGUUGAACCUUAUAUGAAAGCAAAUGUCGCAGGACUGGACCUGUUCUUCUAGAUAACAACAACAACAACAACUGUUAUUAGGACCUCAAAAUCGAACUGCAAAGGCUCUGGCAUACAGGUGGUCCCGGUGGUAAUUGGCACACUGGGUGUCAUACCAAAACAUCUCAGCCGGCAUUUGGAAACAAUAAACAUUGACAGAAUUACAACCUGUCAACUGCAAAAGGCCACCUUAUUACGAUCUGCACGCAUCAUCCGAAAAUAUAUUAUACAGUCCUAAACACUUGGGAAGUGUUUGACUUGUGAUUUUGUGAUACGAAAUUCAGCAUAUAUAUCUUGUUUGCUGUGUCACACUAUGUCUUUGUGUCAAUAAUAAUAAUAAUGAUAAUAAUAAUAACAACAUCUUUAUUCCCAACAUCUUUAUUCCUUCCCCAUCUGAUUACAUGCCAACCAUUUCUUUAUUUCAGAGAAAGCAGACUCGGUGGAUACAUCUUGCUUUCUGUUUUUUUAUCUCAUCUAUUUAAUAAUAUUGUGAAAUAUUGGAAGCUGGUUGACAGAUGUUAUCUAUAUGGAUAGAGAAAACAGGUGGGAUAUGCUAGAAGAACUGUAGUAAUGACAAACAGUCCAGUGCACGCAUGGGAGAAUAUAUUUAUUAUUUAUUUACCAUAUUUGUACCCCACCCUUCUCAACCCCGAGGGGGACUCAGAAUGGCUUCACACAUUGGUAACAAUUCAAUGCCAUUAAAACAUACAAUUGGUAAAAAUAUCUACAUUAAAACAGAAUUAAAACAAAAACAGUUAGGUUAAGGGUUUUCCCCUGACAUUAAGUCUAGUCGUGUCCAACUCUGGGGGUUGAUGCUCAUCUCCAUUUCUAAGCCAAAGAGCUGGCAUUGCCCAUAUACACCUCCAAGGUCAUGUGGCUGGCUUCCUGCUGGAGCAAUACCUAUUUAUCUACUCACAUGUGCAUGUUUUUGAACUGCUAGGUUGGCAGAAGCUGGGGCUAACAGCAGGCGCUCACCCCGUUCCCUGGAUUUGAACUGCCAAACUUUCAGUCAGCAAGUUCAGCAGCUCUACGGUUUAACCUGCUGCGCCAUAUGGGGCUCCUCAUUGUGUUUUGCUAAUAAAUCAAUCAAGGCUCAGGAUAGUUAUGAUUAUUACAGUAAUUGUUACUCUUUUGUUUACACAUUAACAUUAUGUUUCUAAGUCAUUCUAGAGCAGUGGUUCUCAGCCUUCGCCCUACCCAGAUGUUUUAAACUUAAACUUCCAUAACAUUUCACCAUUGGCUAUUUUGGCUAGAGCUUCUGGAGCUGAAAUUCAACAUAUCUGGAGGACUGAAGAUUAAGAGUCACAGUUCAAGAGUAUGAUAGGAAGAAGAAUAGUAGGAAUGCAGAUAGAAAGCGAGUGGCUAGGGCAUAAAAAACACUUAUGUCACACAUACCUAUGUUCAUUUCUAGCCUACUCUAGUUCAGUGCUACUUAAAUUAUGAUCCAUAAAGCUAAUCCAGAGUUCAUAAACUGGCAUUGCUGCCUGUAUAUGUAUGUGCCUUCAAGUUAUCUCUCAGGCCUUUUCCACACAGCCCUAUAGCCCAGAAUAUCAAGGCAGAAAAUCCCACAAUAUCUGCUUUGAACUGGGUUAUCUGAGUCCACACUGCCAUAUAUUCCAGUUCAAAGCAGAUAAUGUGGGAUUUUAUUCAGUUGUGUGGAAAGGGCCUCCAUUUAUGUACUAACCAGGGCUAACCCUAUUUAGCUUCCAAAUUCAGAUGGGCUGUGGUGCCUUGAGGGCAUUUAGGCUCUCAAUCUCUGCCUAGUUACCAGGAAAGAAAGAAACAGUUGCAACCAAUGGGUACUAGUCCCUGCCACAUAGAAAGAGAAAAUAUGUAUUCCCCCACAUCACGUAUAUUGCAAAGCAUUGUCUCAAGCAGGUUGUGCCUCCCUCUCUCUUGCUCUAUAUUCUUUCUCCUAAGAGAGAAAUGAUAGUAAACUUUUGAUAGCUGUGCAUGGGCAGCAAUAUAGCACACCCGUAAAAAAGAGGAGCAGAGACAAGAGAUCAGUCUCCGAACAAUUAGAAAUGUUAGUCUAUGCUUUUAAAAUCCCAUCGGUAUUAAAUGCUUAGAAGACUGUGUUCUUUUUAAAAAAGAAAACAUGUUAUUUUAAUGUACAUGGUAAUAUGUAGUUAAGGUAGCCAUCAACUUGACUUGAUGGCAAUUGGCAUCAAACCCCCAGGCCCUGUGUGGCCCAUGACAUUAUUUUGGGGUGACCCCAUGUUAUUUCUUUUGAAACUUCUUUCUCUAUCCUUCUUCCUGUAUAUCCUUUUCAUCCUUUCCUUUUUCAUGAAUCUCUCAGCACUUCCUUGCUCAUCCUUCCUCCUAUCUCUUGCCAAUUCCCAGCUCUGUGUGGGCUUUAUUCCAAUCUUUUCCCCUUGGUUCUCCAGCUGAAAUAUCUCUCAGCAACCAAAUAAUGAAGGCUGACAGCAAAGUGCCUUCACUGUAUUUUAGAAUUAAUACCUCCUGUGACAUUGGUAGGGACAAGGGAAAUGAAACUUUGUGCAAACUCAGGAAGAGAACAGGCAUAUUGGUUUACUCUUGAGUUUAACUUGGAAGGUUGUGGUUCAAAACCGAAGAAUGCUAGGUAUUUGAUAUAAAAAGAUAUUUAUUUAUGGUUGACUAAUUUGAAUGUUGUGGACUAUAUAUAAAUACAGUAGAGUCUCACUUAUCCAAGAUUUGCUUAUCCAAGGUUCUGGAUUAUCCAAUGCAUUUUUGUAGUCAAUGUUUUCAAUAUAUCGUGAUAUUUUGGUGCUAAAUUCGUAAAUACAGUAAUUACAACAUAACAUUACUGCGUAUUGAACUACUUUUUAUGUAAAAUUUGUUUUAUAACAUGUUUUGGUGCUUAAUUUGUAAAAUCAUAACCCAAUUUGAUGUUUAAUAGGCUUUUCCUUAAUCCCUCCUUAUUAUCCAAGAUAUUCGCUUAUCCAAGGUUCUGCCGUCCCGUUUAGCUUGGAUAAGUGAGACUCUACUGUACCACUAAUCCCCAGACAAAAUAUUAGACACCCUUGGACUACAAUAGACUGUAAAGCAGAGGCCGAGAAAGCUCGGUGUUGCAAUACAGUGUUGCAAUGUCAAAAUUAUGGGAGUGAGGAGGUACAUUGGAGGACCUUUCAUCUAGUCUUUGAUCCAAUUUCUGCUACUUUUUAAAACCCCAUCAUGCUGUCCACAUGGGUAGCUCUGUAUAUAAUCUGUUUUAGUUGCCUGGUACUUUAUAUGUUGCAAAUUCAUAAUUAAUUUUAUAAAUGGGUCUUCCUGUAGCAGAGGUUGAUAUAUAUGGUGAAUGUGGUCUAGUUUACUUAAAAUAUGUAUUGUCUAUUAGAUAUUGUUAGCUCACUGGAACUGGUACUCUGGGUCCAAAUUGGGAAUUGAAUAUCAGUUUCCAUAAAACAAGAGUAUGGUGCAUGCACUGCCUUUUUUGUUCCCUGGACUUCCCAGGAGCAGCUGGUUGAUAAAUAUUGGAAAGAGUUCUUUGAUCAAUAGCAUAACCCUGGGCAGGUAUUUUCAUACUGUUCGAAGACUCAUCAAAUUCAAUAGUGCUUCUUCACCAAAGUUAAUGUUUAGAAUUGCGGCCUCAGUGUACCUUUAGUCUGAUCUACAAAAGGUCUUUCUUUUAUUCUGAAUUUAACUUUGCUAGCAGUAGCUAACUUUUCCCAAAAACAUUAAAAGAGAUUUUUUUUUUGCUAUAGCGUAAUCUCCACCCAUGACCUUGGUGAGUCUGAUUACUGUGGCUCAGCUUGUUUAUCUGAAAGUUUGUGUAGAUUUAAAUAAUUGAUUUAACUCUGGUAUUUAGACCACGUUGAAUAGAAGCUGCAGUUUCCCUUCUUUUGUUGAUGUAAGUAAAAAAGUGUUUUCAUGUCCUUGUGUUUGUCUUAUAAAGAUAUCCUUCUUUGGGUACAAUGACAUUUUAAGAUAUCUGCAAAUAACACCCCCUGGCAAAAGAACAAAUAUAAGAAAAUGUAUUUGGAGCAAGGAUAAAUAAUAGAAGAAGUUGCAUCUGUAUAUUAAUAUCUACUGUAAACAAAGACAAGAUGUAUUGACUGACAAUUGUUAUAGCCCAAUAUCAAAUGAUAUAGGAAGUCCAAAUAUAUUAUGGUAUAUUAAUGAGCGUAUGAAUCCAGAUGAGAUUCAUUGAAUAAUGUUAACAUUGACAGUCCAGUCGUCCAGAAGAAGACAAAUCCAAAUGAGAUACACUAAAUAUUAUGGAACAAUACAGAUAUCUAAAUAUGUAAUGUAAACAGUUCAUAUCCAAGUAACGAGGUUUUUAUGCUAGUUCAAAGACAUUGUCAGAAGCAAUUAAGAGACAGUCAAAGAUUAAUCCAAAUUAGUUGCAGAGCAACAGAAUACAAGAAAGAUUUCAUAGAGUGAUACCAUAUUUUUUUAUCAGAUUUUAUACUUCAUUCUCAUAUAAAGAGCAUGGAACAGCAAAACUAUCCUAUGUCCGUGUAAGGAAGUAUCUAGUACCCCUUUGGGGAAACAGUUCUCCAUUCGUCCAGGGAGCAGUGGGGCCAACAUGUGUAUACGCACAACUACCUUCCCAUCUUGAACAGCCUGUACAGUAGACAUUGAACUGUCCUGCAACACCCAUCAGAAUAUCACAUUCGAGAAGAGCUUAUUAAUUAAUUAAUUAUUUCAUACAUUUGUAUCCCGUCCUCCUCACACACACACACACACACACACACCCCGGGAGGGUGGGGGUGGACUCAGGGUGGCUUCACAAGCAGCAGUCAUUAGAUGCCAAAAACUAACAGUUAUAAAACAAUUACAAUUAAAACAUCAAUUAUAAAAAUAUCAUUUAAAAUUGCACAAGUUUAAAUCAUAAUCCAGGGUCUGACCAUUAUAAGUCACAUAUCAGAGCUUAGCAUGACUCUGUUAACUCAACUAAACUUUAUUCUAAGUACAUCCUUAAAUAUUUUUAGAUUCUUCUCAAAGUUUUGAGGUCUUCUAGAUCCUGUGAAAAAAUAGCAGUAUCCUUGCACAGCAUUGUCUCAGCAUUAUAGACCUUGCUGGCCUGUGGUGCUGACCUAGGUUGCUUUGCUGUUUCAGCAUCUGAAUCGCUGCCCUCAAGAGUGAUAAGCAGAAACCAAUAGAUGACAUCAAGGUGUCAAAGUGCAAGAUUAUGGGUUGCAAUAUUAUUUGUUUUUUUCUUAUAUUUACUACAUAUCAGUUUCUUCCAGUUUCCUUUGCAGCCCAUGCCUGUGUCUUUAAACUUUCCAUUUGUAAAAGAAUCAGAUUUUGUUAACAGCAAAACAGCAUAUUAUCUGUGGUUGGGGGCUGGCAGGAGUAGAGCCUCCUCAGACCACUGAUUUUUCUCUCAUAAGCUUUCUCUGGAGCCCUGGUGGUGCAACAUGUUAAAGCGCUGAGCUGCUGAACUUACGGAUCGAAAGGUCGCAGGUUUGAAUCCGGGGAGUGGAGUGAUCGCCUGCUGUUAGCCCCAGUUUCUGCCAACCUAGCAGUUUGAAAACAUGCAAAUAUGAGUAGAUCAAUAGGUACCACUCCGGCGGGAAGGUAACAGUGCUCCAUGCAGUCAUGCCGGCCACAUGACCUUGGAGGUGUCUAUGGACAAUGCCUACUCUUCGGCUUAGAAAUGGUGAUGAGCACCAACCCCAAGAGUUGGACAUGACUGGACAUUAAGUCAGGGGAAAACCUUUACCUUUACCUUACUAAUCUUUCUCUGCACCAUCAGGAUAGGGAAAAUGUAUGGAAAAGAGGCCACAGGUUUGAUGGAAAACCACAAAAUGGCAAGAACAACAGACAUGGUUUCACAGACAUUUGCUCUGUGCAAUUUGAUGAGGAUGCACUGGCUUUUUUUGUUAUUUCCAGCAAUGAAAAAGAUUUCAUUUCUAGCCCAUGCUUUUGGGACUGAAGUAGUAACUGUGUAUACUGAAACCCCAUACUAGGAGCAGAUACCAUUACCUGUGCUCACUGAUAACAUAGCUUUGAAGAUUUCCUAAUGAAGAGGCCUUAAAUUUGAUCAGUAGGAAAAGGAAACGUGUUUCUCCAUGGAAACAACUGAAAGGCCUAGUUCCGUUUUGGCUUGAAUAAGGCAAAAUGCAAGCUGAUUGGCAUAUGGGCUUAUGACCUAUAUUUGUCUGGCAGUACUCCUAUAGCAGUGGAAAGUGUGUUAAAAAUGAGUAACAAAGUGAGAAGGCGAAAGAUCAAUCAGUGGUACAAUUAAUCAUUUAAUGUGAGUGCCCUUUGGGUAGGAUUCCUAAUGGCCUGUAUUGUACAGAGCCAAAGGCUAGUGUCCAGCAUUUGUAUCAGUGCAGGUGGCAUCUUUACUCUGAUUCACAUGAAUUAAUCGUGGUGGGAUUGCUUGCUGCCCUCAAACCACUGGGGUCUGGCAGGGUUCCCCAGGCAGAAGUUGAAAAUGCAUGAAGUGCUUACCAUUUUCCUCUGGCCUUGCCCUCUUUUGUGUAAAUAGCUAACAGUCCUGUCAUGGUGGCCAGUUUUGAGUAACCCAGAAGAGGGGGAUAUUUCACAUGAAUCGGUUGCUCUAUUUUCUUGUUUAUGUUCAUGGAGCCCCCAAUGGCUCAGUGGGUUAUGUCGCAGCUAUCAAACUGGGGUUCCAAACAUUCAACCCCUUCUGCGGAAGUUGCACCCUUCGUCCAAGGAGAAAACCCCAAAACAAACUGUCUUUCAGUAAAGAAAGAUUUAUAUACAAAACAGUCCUUUGCUUUUAUCAGCAACAAAAACAAAAAGUUCUUAUCUUCAAGCUUUAACCUUUCUGGUUUCUGGACUCUCCAUCUUCAAACCUCUUCAAACCUUUCUUUGGUUCCACUUGGUUCCAAUAGCUUUUCAACAGCAAUACCAUCUUUGCCACCAUCACAAUCACCUUCACCAUCACAUUCACAUUCACUAACUCAAGAUUUACUCAGUCUCUAUUAAUAGCAAUCAGUCUUUAGCAGGUGUCUUGAUUGCUGCUGGUCAUACAUGGAUAGGACAUGAUUCUUACAAACACUUAUCCAUUUUCACAUAAGAAAUGACCUAAAUAAUAUAAAACUCUGACAGGUUAAACCCUUGGGCUGGUAGGACUGCUGACCGAAAGGUCCAAGAUUUGAAUCCGGGGAGCGGGGUGAGCUCCCAUCUGUCAGCUCCAGCUUCCCAUGUGGGGACAUGAGAGAAGCCUCCCACAGGAUGGUAAAACAUCUGUGUGUUCCCUGGGCAACAUUCUUGUAGAUGGCCAAUUCUCUCACACCAGAAGUGACUUGCAGUUUCUCAUGUUUAUAUUCAUAUGGGAAUAUUCCCUUGCAGGAGAAUUGAAACUUCACCUAGAAGCAAUCUCUGAUGUAAUUCAUAGGCAAUAAAAUGUCAUCCCCUUUGAAAGCCAAUUCCCAUUUAAGCCGCCGCAACCAGUAUGUUUUGGGAAACAAAGCAACUCUUUCCAGAACAGAAUCUUAACUGGCUCAGAUAUCGAUCUGCUGGGUCACUCCCAGCUGACAUUCUGCUGAAUCCAAACUAGUUCCAACAUUGGAGGAAACAAAUAGGACUGCCCUUGCUCUGGCCUAGCUUUAUGCUGAGCAUAGAAGUCAUGUCCCUGUACUAGAGAAAACUUGGUUCUAGCAUGUCAGCACCUCCCUUUUCUCACCCCUUCUCUGUUCCUGCCCCUCGUGAUUCUUUUGCCGGCUGAUUUAAGCCAUUUGGGUAGUUUGGCUGAUACAUCAAUCUCUCCAGUUCUCCCAAAAGAAAGAUAUUUCUACUGGCAGAAAUAGCUUUUGCCAAAUCUUAACCCCCUAGAGUUGGCCCAUUUCUGAGCCAGGAUGGCUGUGUUCAUAUGGAAUAUUUGGUCUUAAAACAAAGAAAUAAAAGAUAAAUAGCCAAAGUAUUCCUUAUUCAUUAAUGAUCUGUAACAAAUGGUAUCUGUGAAUAGGAAGCAAGGCUUCUUAGAUUGGAGAAUGAGAUUCCACUUAAUGUAUUCUAUGCAAAAAGAUCUUUCUAUAUAUAAAAUUAAAAGUGUGUAUGUAUGUAUAUAUGUAUGUUUGUCUAUCUGUCUGUCUGCACCACAAAGGCUGUUGCUAGGUAAAGUGGCCUUCUGUGAUGUCACUGAAUUGGCUGUUGGUAGGUGGCAGAUUGGCUGCUGUUAGAUGAGUUAACCUUCUUUGAUGUCACUGAAAAAGAGGUGUCAUGUGUAUAAGGGGAAGAAAAGAGCCACAAAAAAGCCUGCCCACUGUUGCCUUGGAGAUAUUGCAAGUUAGACCCUCUCAGAGCUGGAAAAGGGAGAAAGUAGAGGGACACCUGGGCAAUGGUGGGCAUAUAUGCUAUACACUAAUUUCAUAUAAAUUUGCUGUAAUAUUGUAAGGUAAAGGUAAAGGUUUCCCCUGAUAAGUCCAGUCGUGUCCGACUCUGGGGGUUGGUGCUCAUCUCCAUUUCUAAGCCAAAGAGCCGGCGUUGUCUGUAGACACCUCCAAGGUCAUGUGGCCGGCAUGAUUGUAUGGCGCGCUGUUCAACAUUCAAAAGACAUGUGAGUAAAUCAACACAGUACUCUAUAACAUAUAGAGUUAUGAGGGACAACAUCUCCUAUCAGUCCACAUGAGCCCUGAGAUAAUCAGGAGAGUCCCUCCUCUCGGUCCCACUACCGUUACUAAUAUGGUUGGUGGGAACAAGACACCUUUUCAGUGGUGGCUUCACAGCUCUGGAACUCCUUCCCAAAAAGGUACACUCGGCCCCCUCAUUAUUGGUCUUUUCGUUCCCAUAAAACCUUUUCAUGGAAGCAGGCCUUCCCCGACAACAAACAAUAACAGUUAUCUCGGCCACACAAGGCUCAUAUGGCCAAAGACUUGGAGCUCUGAGAUGUUUAGUCUUACCUCCAGAAGAGAGUUUAUCUAGUAUGAAGAAAACUAGCUAAAUGAGGCUCUCUUUGAUUAAAGGUAGAGGUUUCCCCUGACAUUAAGUCCAGUUGUGACCGACUCUGGGGGUUGGUGCUCAUCUCAAUUUCUAAGCCGAAGAGUCGGCGUUGCCCAUAGACACCUCUAAGGUCAUGUGGUCAGCAUGACUGCAUGGAGCACCAUUACCUUCCCGCCGGAGCGGUACCUAUUGAUCUACUCACAUUGGCAUGUUUUUGAACUGCUAGGUUGGCAGAAGCUGGGGCUAACAGCGGGUGCUCAUUCUGCUCCUGGGAUUUGAACCUGGGACCUUUUGGUCCGCAAGUUCAGCAGCUCAGCGCUUUAACACACUGUGCCACCACGGGCCCUAGUGAGGGUCUCCCUAUAUAGGGAGAAGUGGAAUUCAACAAUUUGUUCAUACACCAAAGACUCUGCAGAGGCUGAGGGGCCAUAAAAGACUAAGUGAUAUUUGUAAAGAAGGCCAUCUUUUUUUACAGCUAGAUAACAUUGAAAGUUUAGGUUUUGAUUGUGUUUUUCAUCCAGUUUAGUUUAAUAUGUUAGGACAACCUCAGUGGCCUUAAGUGUAGAGAUUUUAAUGAUAAUUAUAUAUGUGAUUAUUUUUAUGCUGAUUGAUAUUUAUGUACAGUACAGUCUCACUUAUCCAACACUCACUUAUCCAAUGUUCUGGAUUAUCCAACACAUUUUUGUAGUCAAUGUUUUCAAUACAUCAUGAUAUUUUGGUGCUAAAUUCGUAAAUACAGUAAUUACUACAUAGCAUUACUGCGUAUUGAACUACUUUUUCUGUCAAAUUUGUUGUAAAACAUGAUGUUUUGGUGCUUAACUUGUAAAAUCAUAACCUAAUUUGAUGUUUAAUAGGCUUUUCCUUAAUCCCUCCUUAUUAUCCAACAUAUUCACUUAUCCAACGUUCUGCCGGCUCGUUUAUGUUGGAUAAGUGAGACUCUACUGUAAUUGUGUUUUAUGCAAUGUGUUGAUUUAUGUUUGAUGGUUUUCUAUACUUAAAUCCCAUUUGUGGGAGAAAAGCAGGAUAAAACAAAUAAAUAAUAAUAAAAUAAUACUAAUAUAAACACUAUAUGAUCGUAUGCAACACGUGUUAGUCCCUUCUACUUAAUCCUAGUUACCGAAAGCUAGUCCACCCCAUAAGUACAAUGCAUCUGGGAAAUGCUCUGGCACCUGCUGAAGGAGGGAGCUUGGCGAGUGGGGCAUGUCUCCUUCUCUCUUCAUAACUCUGGGAGCAUCACGUAGCUAUGCACCUGGAUGACCUGAGGGUGUGUGAACAUCCUCCCUAAUGAGUGUCCUUCUUGUCCCUGCCAACCAUCAUUACCUUUGUCUUGUCUGCAUUCAGCUUCAAUUAGCUUGUUCACAUUUCAUCUGCAACACGGAGAGAAAAUGAAUAAGGAUCACUAAAUGAUCUGAACAUGGUAUGGGGAGGGAGGAAGUACAGGUGGAGGGGGAGUGAGAGGGAGAAUCACCAGGCUUCAGAAUGAUGGUUGAGGUUCAUUCGAGGUAAUGCCCCUCUGUAUAAAAAUAGGCAUAUAGAAAAUUAAAUGUCCAUAGGGGCCAGGGAUCAAGCCUAAUCCUUGCUUCUGGUGUGUGUGGAUGCAUGCAUGUCUGGUGCAUGCAGCACUGAUGAUUGCAUAGCAUGAAUGGCAAGUUGGGAGCCCCAUGAACUCCCAACCUGCUAUUUAAAGCAGAAUAGCCCCCCAAAAGCUUUACCAAUAGGCCUUCCAUGUGGGCAUAUUUUAUUGGCUUCUGAAAGCCAUUUUAGUGUACAGUGGAACAUACAGUGCAACCUCAUACAGUAGAGACUCACUUAUCCAAGCUAAACGGGCCGGCAGAAGCUUAGAUAAGCGAAUAUCUUGGAUAAUAAGGAGGGAUUAAGGAAAAGCCUAUUAAACAUCAACUUAGGUUAUGAUUUUACAAAUUAAGCACCAAAACAUCAUGUUAUACAACAAAUUUGACAGAAAAAGCAGUUCAAUACGCAGUAAUGUUAUGUUGUAAUUACUGUAUUUACGAAUUUAGCACCAAAAUAUCAUGAUAUAUUGAAAACAUUGACUACAAAAAUGUAUUGGAUAAUCCAGAAACUUGGAUAAGUGAGGCUUGGAUAAGUGAGACUCUACUGUAUUUAUUGAACAGCACUAUGCAUUUUAAAAAAAACAAUGGCCAAGUCAGCAAUAAUUUAAAAUCCAAAAAUUUAAAGUGUCACGGACACUCAAAAUCUUGGAGUAAUUAAAUGAAAUGAGAUUUGAAUAAAAAGGUCGGGUUGGAAACGGAUUAGGUAACAAUGACUGAUGCAAAGAAAAUCUGCACUGCACAACAAACUGAGUUCAAGAGCAUCAGGCGAGAGAAAAUAUAUAUAAAAAGCAAGACCUGCACAAAAGAGGAUUGGAGCAGGAAACAAAAUGUCUGAUGCAGAAGAAGAAAUACACACCAACUCGGGAGAGGCUUAGAAAUAUAUUUAGAAAGGGGGAGAAUCAGAAGCUUUGUGAGGAGAUUACCAGCAGUGAAAUUCUAUACAGCGUCAGGCAAAUCCACAGUCUCUGCUGCUAUAAAGAGCCUUAUUCACCUCCAAACAUGUUAUCUGUUUACUUUUUCAGUGUAUCUGUACCCCUGGUUUUGGAAUAGCUCCUUAACAGACUGACUUACAGUUUGUUUAGGGUAAUAAAAUAUCCAUCAAAAAGAAACAAUAACAAUAUAUAUUUUAUGGUUCUCCAUGGUGAGUCUCCUGAAACAUUCUGGAUCUAUUUGGUUUCAGCAGCAAGGGGAAAAAAAAAACAUAUGCCCAGUUCUAAUGUUUCCUUUGAUUAUAAUUCUUUGCCUGGGCUGUAUAACAGGUGAGAUUUGCGCAAACACAUAUCGCCUCUCCAGAUAAAAAGGGCACAUAGUGAGAAAAGUAAAUGUCAGGGAAAGGCUAGACUGCACAUUUCCCCUUUAUGUGCUGUGUGGAGGUUAUAUUGGCAUGUUUUAUUUUAAUGUGAGAGCAUUCAGUCAGGGAACUGCACAAAACGCAGUCUGAAUCCAGUCACCAUUUUAUAAUCUGAGUGAGAAACAAGUCACACUGAGAAUUUGUAUUGAUAUAAAACCUGCAAGAAAUCAUUGCUAGCAUUGGUAUAUUCUGUAUAACAAUACAUAUAUUUAAGGGUUCCACACUUCGUCCUCACUCCCCAAAACUGCAGGAAAUCAGUGGCUCUCAAGACAUGUAUCAACUAUGGCAAAAGUCAUUAGAGUAUGUUUUAACAGAAUAAUCUUAUGUUUUCCCAAUGUUGUUUCUUCUUCUUAAUUGGCUCUGGUUGUUUCUUGUCUGGAAUUCCCCUGUCUUCUGAGUGUUGUUCUAUACCAGUAUGUAUUGAUAUCUGGCUAUCAGUAUUUUAAAAAACUCUAAAAUCAGGACAGCAAAUAAAGAACAACACUUUAUUUCAGAAUUUCAGACAAGAAACCAUCAGGGCCAGUUAACACCUCCCAACAAAGGAUUCCCCCACGCAGGUAACAGCCAGAUUUAGAAGCUGCCAGGCUAUUCAAUGCUAAUCAAGCUGGUCAAUUCCAACAUUCACAUUUGCCCCAGUCAGACAAGAGUUCUUUCUCCCACCCUGGACAUUAUUUCACAGAUAUAUAAACCCCACUUGCCUAGUUCCCAACACCUCACAACCUCUGAAGAUGCCUGCCAAAGAUGUGGGCAAAACGUCAGGAGAGAAUGCUUCUGGAACACGGUCAUACAUCCCAGAAAACUCACAGCAAUCCAGUGAUUCCAGCUAUGAAAGCCUUUGACAACACAUUGCGCUGAUUUGUUUUGACAUAAUGGUUUGCUAGGGAUACAAAACGGCUAUUACAGAAGUGAAUGUACAUUCUCUUCUGUUCAUUCACUUCUGUCAAAAGCAUGAUCAGUUAUUUUAAAAAAUGUUUUAUGUCUAUAUUAUGCUCUCAAUUUGUUGUACUGCUGUAAAUCCUGUAUUUAAUAUUAUAUAACACCCCCCCCCCCACACACACACACUGUUAGGAUGGGCACGCCUGCUGCUGUUGUGGAAGCAGAUAGCAACUGAGGGAAAGCAAGGGGGCUAUGAGAGGGGCCUCACUUACAAGGCCUCCACAACUCUCUUUGUAAAUUUUUCCUUUUCUCUCCCCUUUUGCUUUCUUUCUUUCUUUCCUUAAAGCAGUGGUUCUCAACCUGUGGGUCCCCAGGUGUUUUGACCUACAGCUUCCAGCAGGCUUGUAGCCAAGGGGGUGGGGGGGGGGUGGUUAGGGGUUCAACCCCCCCCCCCGGAAUAUUUUCAGGUUUUAAAGAAAACCUGGUUUAUUCAUGAAUUUUAACGGAUUAACCAAAUCAUCAUGAGUGUCCACUGAAGUUUAUCUGUCUUGAGUGUCCACUGAACUUUAUUGAUGGAGCCUGAUUUCUCAAUUAUUUUGUGUUCUAAAUUAUUUUGAUUUCUAAAUUAUUUCUAAAUUAUAACUACUCUUCAUGAUUCACUAAAAAAGUUUCAACCCCCCCCCCCCAAUUUUUUUUCUGGCUAUGGCCCUGACUCCCAAAAAUCCCAGCAUGUUUUUCAGCUGUUAGGAUUUCUGGGAGUUGAAGGCCAAAACAUCUGAGGAGCCACAGGUUAAGAACCUCUGCCCUAAGGCAAGCUAAAGGGGUGGGGACCAAUUGACUUAGUUUGGGGACCCUAGAGUAAGGGAGGGAAGGAGAGAAGCAGGGAGAAUGAAUGCCUAGUCCUCUCCAAGCAGUGCUCAGGGGAGGCCAGUAGGAGAGGUGGUGUUUGGCGAAGAGAGGCUCCCUUCGGACUGAGCUGAGCUGCCCCGCCCAGCGGGCGACUGGCAGAAGCAACAGGUCUCCCUCUCGCUGACAUUUGGCGCUGAAAUCCCCCCAGGAAGCCUGGUCAAACGGUUCUGACGCAGCAGAAGACGGCAGGCAGCUCCUGGUGUGUUUGGAAGCCAGAGGAAGAGGAAGAGCAGAGGUGGGGCAGAGACACUAAAGCACGACUGCUCUGAAGGACCCCGCCCGCCCCUUUCCUCGCCUGCUGCUGGCCUUGGCUGCUGGCCCAGAAGGCGCUGUCCCUGUCCAAGGUGCUGAAACGGAGCCAGCCCCUCCCGGCGGGAGCAUCCGCGUCAGCCGCCGGGGAAGGAAGGGCCAAGAGGAGGAGGAGGAGGAGGAAGAGGAAAGCUUCCUCUCCCCAGGCAAGGCGGGGAUGAGAGGCAUGAGAGGCGCCUCGGCCUCGCAGACCGCUCGCAUGGUCUCCCGCCUGCCUCCAUGACGCUGCAGGGCCCCCGAGUGAACGGCCCCCGAGUGCAGGGCCCCAGGCUCUUGUUGCUCUUGUUGUGGUUGCCGCUGCUCUCGGGGCAGCUGCGCUACGCAGUGGAGGAGGAACGACCCCGGGGCGCGGUGGUGGGCGACGUAGCAGCCGACCUAGGCCUGGACCCGGGGCUCUUGGCCUCCCGCGGGGCGCGGCUGACUUCGGGCAGCGGCCGGCGCUUCCUCGCUUUGGACGUGGCCCGCGGGCUGCUGGUGGUGGCCGAGCGGCUGGAUCGGGAGGCGCUGUGCGAGCCCUCGCCUUCUUCUUCCUCGCCUUGCCUGCUGGGCCUGGAGCUGGUGCUGGAGCGUCCCGUGGAAGUACACGCGCUGGAGGUGGAGCUGCGCGACCUCAACGACCACCCGCCCCGCUUCCCGCGCCCGGAGUAUCGCCUGGAAGUCAGCGAGUCGGCUCUCCCGGGGGCCCGCUUCCCCAUCGAGGGCGCGCGCGACCCGGACCUCGGGGCCAACACCGUCCGCGGAUACCGCCUCCGCCCAAGUCAGCCCUUCGGCUUAGACCUACGCGACUUUGAGCAGCGGGGAGGCAGCAGCAGCAACAGCGCCCUCCUGGAGCUGGUGCUGCUCCAGCCUCUGGACCGGGAACAGGCCGCCCAGCUGCACCUGGAGCUCACCGCCUUCGAUGGGGGGCACCCACCUCGCUCAGCUGUAGCCCAGAUCUUUGUCCGAGUUCUGGACACCAACGACAACGCUCCCGCCUUUGAGCGGGGCACCUACGCAGCCACGCUGCUUGAGAAUGCCAUUCCCGGGACGCUAGUGGCACGGGUCAACGCCUCCGAUGCCGAUGAGGGUGCCAACGGGGAGAUAGAGUACUCCUUCAGCAGCUACACCCCGCCAGAAGUACGGCGCCUCUUCAACGUGGACCCAGUCUCCGGAGAGGUGACUGUCAACGGCACCUUGGACUACGAAGAGGCCUCCUCCUAUGAGAUCUAUGUCCAAGCCACUGAUCGGGGCCCCGUGCCCAUGGCGGGGCACUGCAAGGUCCUGGUGACAGUUUUGGAUGCCAAUGAUAAUGCUCCCGAGGUGGCGCUGACGUCUUUGUACAGCCCCGUUUCAGAGGAUGCCCCACCGGGCACCGUGGUGGCCUUGAUCAGCGUCACAGAUAGGGACUCCGGCCCCAAUGGGCAAGUCACCUUGAGCAUCUCGUCGGAGCUCCCUUUCAGGCUGAACGCCUUCAAAAACUCUUACACUUUGGUCACGCAGCAGCCCCUUGACCGGGAGAGGACCUCGAGCUACAACAUUACCAUUACUGCCACCGACGCAGGGGUUCCGCCUCUAUCUUCCCACAAAAUGGUCCAAGUGGACAUCUCUGACCUCAAUGACAACCCACCACGGUUUGAAGAACCCACAUACUCUGUUUAUCUCCCUGAGAACAAUGUUCCAGGGGUUGCUCUGUGCACUGCCAAGGCCACAGACCCUGAUGCGAAUGAAAAUGCCCUCAUUUCCUACUCGCUGCUGAAUGGAGAGAUCCAAGGGCUCCCUGUUGCUGCCUUUGUCUCCAUUAAAUCUGACACUGGUGACCUUUAUGCCGUGCGUUCCUUUGAUUAUGAAAAGCUGAGGGAAUUUCAGGUUGUUGUCCAGGCCCAAGACUCAGGGGUGCCGCCUCUCAGUAGCACAGCCACUGUGCACAUCUACGUGGUGGACCAGAAUGACCAUGCACCACAGAUUCUGUAUCCUACGUCAGGCAAUGCCUCUGUCGCAGUGGAGAUGAUUCCUCGCUCGGCCCACGCCGGAUACUUGGUCACCAAAAUCAUAGCCAUCGAUGCAGACUCUGGGCAGAAUGCCUGGCUCUUCUUCCACUUGGCCCACGCCUCAGCUCCAGGCUUCUUUAGCAUAGAAGUUCACAGUGGAGAAGUUAGAACUAUCCGAAAACUAGGUGAGGACAGUGCAACCACUUUCAACCUUACCAUCGUAGUGAGGGACAAUGGAGAGCCAGCCCUGUCCUCCUCUGUGUCCAUAUAUGUUGCUGUUGUAGACCGGAUUUCUCAAAUAAUCCCUAACACUAGGAGGCACAUAAGAAGUUCCAGAAGUUACUCGGAGAUCACCCUUUAUCUGAUUGUCGCUCUGAGCUCAGUUUCUUUUAUAUUUCUCCUGACAGUUGUUGUCCUUGCUGUGAUAAAGUGCCACAAAGACAAUCUGCAUGGCAAGACCUAUUGUGGGGGUUUCUGUGGGACUCCUCGAGAAAGGUACCCGGUUGAAAUGUACAAACAAUCGAACGACCAUCUUGAUGCCACAAUGCCACCCGGUUUGAACGCUCAGCCUCAUUUUGUUGAAGUCCGGGGCAAUGGGUCUCUUUCCAAGACUUACUGCUAUAAAGCCUGCUUGACUGCGGGUUCAGGUAGUGACUCUUUCAUGUUUUACAAUACGGGGAUCCCUGCAGGAAUCCACCCAGGGGCUGUGCUGCCUGAGAGACAUCUGACCGGACAGAGUGGACAGAGCUCCCAAAAUCUGAUUGUAUUUAAGAGUGAGCCUAUCACUCCAAAUGAGCCAAAACCACCCAAUCCUGACUGGCGUUAUUCUGCAUCUUUAAGAGCUGGCAUGCAAGGUGCUGUGCACAUGGAUGAGGCAGGAGCCUUACGUGUAGGACCAGGACCUGAGCAGCAGUGGCCAACAGUGUCCAGUGCGACAACAGAACCCGAAGCCGGUGAGGUGUCCCCUCCAGUGGGAGCUGGAGUGAACAGCAACAGCUGGACCUUUAAAUAUGGACCUGGCAACUCCAAGCAGCCUGGUCCCGAAUCUAAAAAGCAGACACAAGUUUCUUUUCUCCUACGCUGAAAAGGAGACUCUUCACAAUACAGCCAGUGCGAGGUUGGACUCUUUGCAUUGUGGUUCCUGUGAUCCUGUUCUGAUGACACUUAUGGGGUGGGGGUGGGGAGCUUAACUUUUUUGGUAUUGUGCACCCUGUACCUGAUCGGAAACUCUUGUGUGCUGAUUAAUGGCUAGAUGAUGGGAGAUCAGAUUAAUACGAUGCAAGAAGAGUUGGUAAAACACAAACAAAGUUUCCUGGAAAUUAAUGUGCAAUGCUGUAUGGCCUGGGCAACUCUCUUAAAAUUUGCAAUUAGAUUUUUUUCAUAAUCCAUAAAAUCUAGUGUGUAGUAUGCUGGAGCUUUUAUAUAUUUUUUAUAUACACACUCCAGCGAAAUAAUAAUACUAAUAAAAAGACUCACUCAGAUGACUUUUAUGAGAUACUAUGAAGUAUAUCUUCUUCAAGCCAUUGGCCAUAUUGCCACAGUAAGGCCUUUGUUCUCCUAGCAAGGAUGUCCCUCAGGGAACGUCUGCAUGGCAGCCUCCCACACUCUUGACUCAGUGCUGGAGGGUGAGAAUUAUCUCUUACAUACAUAUAUAUAUAUAUAUAUCAAAAAGGAACUUUGCAGGAGUGGGGAUUAUUCCCUUGCUCACGUCUUGUAUUGCUCAGCUAUGUAGACAGAACUGGUCAUGCAACCCAGACCUUGGCAUGCAUGCACUGCAGGGAGUUGGAUCUCCAUCCAAGGCACAUCCAGUGCCUUGUGAAACCACUGUGCAGACAUGCCCUCAGAGUUUAACAAGGGAAAGAAGGGCUGACAUCUCAGGAAUGUAACAGACUGUGAUGUUUCCUUUAUGUCCUUGUUUCCACUCUAUUUAACAUUCUUUUGCACAUAAUGUCUCUGAAAAGGUCAGAGUCUUUUCCAUAAAACAUAUGCAAAAGUAAGGACAAAAAAAGAAGAAGAAGAAAGAAAGAAAACAAAGAAAGAAGCCUGAUCUAUGCUACUUGUGAUUUGAUAUCUUUAUUUAUAAAGGGAAUAUAGCUGUAAAUCAAAAAAAAAAAAAGAAAGAAAAGAAAAAAGAAAAUCGAUCUCCUUUAACCCAAACUGAAGUCAAUUUACAGCCAUUAGAAAAUAUAACUGCUGCUAUUGAAGUGCUUUAGAAAAAAAAUGCCUGAAACAUCUGUAUUAUAUCUGCCAAUCACAGCUUUAUUCUGUCAGGUCACUGGUUUGGGGGAGGGGGGGUCUGCCUCUUGCAUGCAUUAAGAAAUACAAGAUUUUCUCUUUCUCUUUUUGCAUUACUUAUUCUGCACUUUGAGUACACCACAUUUGUAAACCAGUUUUCAUCAGAGGAAGCCGAAGCAAACCCUUUCUCACACAAGCAGAUCUACUAACCUGCUAGCUCUGUGCAGUGUCUUGGUGUUAUUAUCUCCCACAUGACCUCCUUGGGUUUUAGUUUGACUUAUCUAUGAGUUUAUAAAUUUAUAACCCUACAACUAUCACUUAUUAUGUAAAACUCAAGUACUGUAUGUAUGCUAUAUGCUCUUAUAAGUAUCCUGAAAUAUUUAUGCUGUGCUUGUGUAUGUGAAUGUCAAUGGAACUAUUACCUAGCGUGGACAUUAAGCUUUACUGUUGAAUGUAAAUCCAUUAUUAUUCAUUUUUUUGUACGCUUGUGAACAAGUGGAGUAGUGUUAAUAUUUUUAAGCACUGUUAGUUACCAGUUUUUUUGUGUAUGAAUUGAAACACAAGUAAAAUAUCUUUCUUAAAUCAAUAAA